UAGGCCUAGGCUACAUCCUGAAUGUCAUUGAGCGGGGAAUUCUUGACCGCAUCGUUCCCUCUUAACGUCCGCAGUUCCCAUUCAUUACGUUUUGCCAUUCCUCCAGUUUCCCUGCAUUCCCUGCAGUAGGCAGAAGUUGCCGUGACAGUCGCCAUGUUGGUCUCAGUUUUUGCCUGCAGUAGGAAGCAGUAGUAGUUGAGGCUGAAGAUUGGACCUGCUGGAAAUGUAACUCAUAAGCGAAAUGAGCAACAUCGCCAAAUUAUUUUGCCGAACCAAUGCACAAUCCAACACGGGCAUUGGGGAAUAGGCGACAGCUACAAUGAUGAAGGAAGCCUUUAUGAACAAUGCUUUUUUCACCUGAGAUCAAAGGAAUUGACAAAAAAUAUGAGAAUGGAAUUUAGAAAAACUAGCAAAGCCUUUUUUUUCCUCGCAAACGUAGACCGAAAACAGAGGCGGGACAUGGGAGCUUUGUGGCAUUGCAGAUUUACCGUCGAUGCAGUUUUUUUGUGUCUGUAUUGCUGACGAUUCAUUACUAAUAAUUCGUUUUCACGGUUAUUUCUCACUGGGACGAAUUUCUCGUGGUUUUCUGGAAGAGGCUAACUUUAUAUACGACAGCAUUGUGUUGCCAGUGCGCUAGCUGGCUGCUAAGCUAUCUAAUAAGCUAGGUAGCUGGUUACGCUACGUCAAAACAGCUGGCCAGGGCAGGGUCUGCAUUUGUGGAUCUCCGUAAUUGAUAGUCCUCAGCAGAAAACAAUAGUCUACGUUGAGUAAAAUGAGGAAAUACUGCAUGCCUCCCCUUCGUCCUGUGUCCAUUACAUUGAUUUGAAGAUCAUCGUGCUGAAUCUAAUUAACUACUAGCUCACCGGUGACAUUCGAAGUUUUAAAAAGGUGAAACAUUAGAAGUAGGCCUCUUUCCUGCUUCUGUGUAAUAAUUUACAUUUAUCACCAUCUUCAAAUUCUCGUUUGGAAAGCACACAUUUGUACAUUUUACACCAUGUCUGGAGAGGUUCGUUUGAAGAAACUGGAAAAACUGAUUUUGGACGGGCCAGCUCAAGCGAACGGCCAGUGUUUCAGUGUGGAAACGUUAUUGGAUGUCCUAAUAUGCCUCUAUGACGAGUGCAACAGCUCGCCGCUCAGAAGAGAGAAAAAUGUGUUGGAAUUUCUGGAAUGGGCCAAACCAUUUGCCUCAAAAGUGAAGCAGAUGAGACUACACAAAGAGGACUUUGAGAUCUUGAAGGUGAUUGGUCGGGGUGCAUUUGGAGAGGUCGCUGUGGUGAAGGUGAAAAAUACAGACAAGGUGUUUGCCAUGAAGAUCCUCAAUAAAUGGGAGAUGUUGAAGAGGGCAGAGACAGCAUGCUUUCGGGAGGAGCGAGACGUGCUGGUCAAUGGGGACAGCCAGUGGAUCACCACAUUACACUAUGCCUUCCAGGAUGAUAACUACCUGUACCUAGUGAUGGAUUACUAUGUGGGAGGCGACCUUCUGACCCUGCUGAGCAAGUUUGAGGACCGGCUACCAGAGGACAUGGCACGCUUCUACCUGGCUGAGAUGGUUCUGGCCAUUGAUUCUGUUCAUCAGCUGCAUUAUGUUCACAGGGACAUCAAACCGGACAACAUCCUGAUGGACAUGAAUGGACACAUCCGGCUGGCAGACUUUGGCUCCUGCCUCAAACUAAUGGAGGACGGAACAGUCCAGUCAUCUGUGGCUGUGGGCACGCCUGAUUAUAUCUCCCCUGAGAUCCUGCAGGCCAUGGAGGAUGGGAAGGGGAAAUACGGGUCGGAGUGUGACUGGUGGUCUUUAGGCGUCUGCAUGUAUGAGAUGCUCUUUGGGGAAACACCUUUUUAUGCCGAGUCCCUGGUGGAGACCUAUGGCAAAAUCAUGAACCACAAGGAGCGCUUCCAGUUUCCCAUGCAUAUGACAGAUGUGUCAGAGAAUGCCAAGGAUCUGAUCCGGCGGCUCAUCUGCAGUCGAGAACACCGGCUGGGUCAGAGUGGCAUUGAGGACUUCAAGCAGCACCCCUUUUUCUUUGGCAUUGACUGGGAUAACAUACGCACCUGCGAGGCCCCCUACAUCCCCGAAGUCAGUAGCCCCACGGACACCUCCAACUUUGACGUGGAUGAUGAUUGCCUGAAGAACUCUGAAGCAAUGCCCCCCCCCUCUCACACGGCCUUCUCUGGACACCACCUACCCUUUCUGGGUUUCACGUAUACCAGCAAAUGCAACCUCUCUGACAGAGGCUGUUUGCGCGAGUCUGCUGACCCUACACGGAUGGACAUCAGAGUGCAGCGCAGCCUGGAGGAGAGCCUGGCCACUGAGGCCUAUGAGCGGCGGAUAUGCCGCCUGGAGCAGGAGAAGCUAGAGCUCAGCCGCAAGCUUCAGGAGUCUGCCCAGACCGUGCAGGCUCUUCAGUACUCAAGUGUGGAUGGGCCCCUCACUGCCAGCAAGGAGAUGGUGAUUCGUGGCCUGAAGGAUGAGAUUGAGACACUGAGGAAGCAGGUUGCAGACUCUGGACAGUUGGAACAGCAGUUGGAGCAAGCCAGCACGGUGCGCAGAGACUUAGAAGACUCGUCUAAACAUAUCAAGACCCUGGAGAAACAGAUGAAGAGUAUGAGGCAGGAGAGGGACGACAUGCACAAGGAGCUUCUGGAGUCAACUGAGAAGCUGAAGUCUCAGACCAAAGAACUGAAGGAGGCACACAGCCAAAGGAAGCUGGCAAUGCAGGAGUUCUCUGAGAUGAGUGAGCGGCUAACAGAGCUGCGCUCACAAAAGCAACGGCUCUCCCACCAGCUCCGUGACAAGGAGGAGGAGAUGGAGGGGGUCAAUCAGAAGGUGGAGGCAUUGCGGGCGGAAGUGCGCAAGGCAGACAGAGUUAAGAAGGAGUUGGAGAUGAAGGUGGAGGAGCAGGAGUUGGAGGCUCAGGGAGAAAGGAAGCUGAGGGAGCACAGUGAGCACUGCAGCAGACAACUGGAAGAAGAGUUGGAGGGACUGAAGCAGAAACAGGUAGGCCGAGUAUCUGGCAUGGUUAGCUCGGAUCAGAGCCAGGACCUGGGCAAACUUCGGGUGGAACUGGAGAAGAAAACACUGUUCUAUGAGGAGGAACUGUCCCGCCGGGAGCUGCUCCACUCCAACGAGCUCAAGAGCCAGAAGAAGGAGUUGCGGGAUGCCGAGGGCCAGCAGCUCACGCUCAACAAGGAGAUCCUUGUCCUCAAGGACAAGCUGGAGAAGACGCGCCGGGAGAGUCAGAGCGAGCGAGAGGAGUUUGAAACAGAGUAUAAACAGAAGUAUGAAAGGGAGCGGAUCCUUCUCACAGAAGAGAACAAAAAGCUAUCCAGUGAACUGGACAAGCUGGCGACCAUGUUUGAGAAACUGAGCAGCAGCAACAGGCUUCUGGAGGAGGAGAUGCGUGAACUGGCAGACAAGAAGGAGAGUGUUGCCCAUUGGGAGGCUCAGAUCACAGAGAUCAUCCAGUGGGUCAGUGAUGAGAAGGAUGCACGGGGAUACCUGCAGGCCUUAGCCACAAAGAUGACCGAGGAGCUAGAAGGCCUGAGGAGUUCUAGCCUUGGUGCUCGUGCCACGGACAUGCCCUGGAAGAUGCGGCGCUUCACCAAGCUGGACAUGUCAGCCCGGCUGGAGCUGCAGUCUGCAUUGGAUGCUGAGAUCAGGGCCAAGCAGGUCAUCCAGGAUGAGCUCAACAAAGUCAAGGCUGCCAGCAUCUCCACUGAAUGCAAACUGCAGGAAUCUGAGAGUAAAAACCAGGACUUGCUGUCUGAGAUUGAAAAGCUGAGGAAUGAGACUGAAGAGCUGCGCUUGGGGAAAGGUGUGAAGCACCAGGAUUCCCAGAACUCAUUUCUUGCAUUUUUGAACGCUCCAACCUCCACCCUCGAUCAAUUUGAUCGUUCUACUGCCUCCGUGACCGCUAGCAAAGGCAGACGUAUUGACUCAAUCGACAACUUCACUUUGUCUAACACUCCAUCCCGAGAUGAAGAAUCCAAGUCCCACCUGAUGUCCCACUCCCGAUCACCCUCAACAGCCAGUGACAUGGAGCCCAUUGAGGUGAUAGACCACCCCCCACGCAGUAUCCAGACCCCCACCAUGAGGUCUGGAUACAGUGCUUCUGGUCUUCUAACUCCGAAGCCCAAGGCUCACCAGUUUGUGGUUAAGUCCUUCAGCACACCAACUAAAUGCAAUCAGUGUACCUCACUGAUGGUGGGCCUGAUUCGACAGGGUUGCACAUGUGAAGUCUGUAACUUCUCGUGUCAUGUGACCUGUGCGGACAAAGUGCCAGCAGUGUGCCCUAUUCCACCUGAGCAGACCAGGGGACCUCUUGGUAUCGAUCCACAGAAGGGCAUUGGUACAGCUUAUGAGGGGCACGUGCGGGUGCCCAAGCCAGCAGGGGUGAAGAAAGGUUGGCAGAGAGCCAUUGCUUUCGUUUGCGACUUCAAGCUUUUUGUCUAUGACCUGGCUGAGAGCAAGACAACCCAGCCCAGCGUAGUGGUCAGCCAGGUUAUCGACAUGAGGGAUGAGGAAUUCUCUGUCAGCUCAGUCAUGGCUUCAGAUGUCAUACAUGCCAGCCGGAAGGAUAUACCCUGCAUUUUCAGAGUGACUGCAUCCCAGCUCUCAACCUCCAGCAUUAACAAGUGCUCCAUCCUGAUCCUGGCAGACAGUGGCCAGGAGAGAAACAAGUGGGUGGGUCUUCUGAAUGAGCUGCACCGCAUCUUAAAGAAGAACAAACUGAAAGAGCGCUUUGUGUACAUACCCAAGGAGGCCUAUGACAGUACUUUGCCUCUUAUCAAGACGACGCAGUCUGCAGCUAUCAUAGACCAUGAGCGUGUUGCACUGGGCAACGAGGAGGGACUGUAUGUUAUCCAUGUUACCAAAGAUGAAAUUAUCCGGGUCGGAGACAACAAGAAGGUCCACCACAUUGAUCUGAUUGCAUCAGAGCAGCUGCUUGCUGUCAUCUCCGGCCGAAAUCGUCAUGUGCGCCUCUUCCCCAUGUCUGCGCUGGAUGGGCGUGAGACAGAUUUCUUCAAGCUAUCUGAGACAAAGGGCUGCCAUGUACUGGCAUCUGGCCCCAUACGCCAUGGGGCUAUAAUCUGCCUGUGCGUCGCCCUGAAGCGGCAAGUGAUCUGCUAUGAGCUUAACAAGAGCAAGGUUCGCCACCGCAAACUGCGUGAAAUCCAAGUUCCCGGUGUUGUCCAGUGGAUGGCAUUGCUGAGUGAGCGGCUCUGCGUUGGCUACCAGGCUGGCUUUGUUCAGUACAGUCUACACAAUGAGGCAGCACCAAUCAGCCUCCUGCACCCAGAGGACCACACCCUGGCCUUUAUUAUCCAGCAGGGGCUUGAUGCUAUCUGCGCAGUGGAGAUAUCUGGCAAGGAAUUUCUGCUCUGCUUUAGUUGCCUGGGUGUUUAUGUGGACUGCCAGGGCCGCAGGUCACGGCAGCAGGAGCUUAUGUGGCCCGCCAUUCCCACUGCCUGCUGCUACAAUGCCCCCUACCUGUCAGUGUACAGUGAGAAUGCAGUGGAUGUGUUUGAUGUUAACACCAUGGAAUGGAUCCAGACUAUACCCCUAAAAAAGGUGCGGCCCCUGAACACUGAUGGCUCCCUCAACCUCCUAGGCCUUGAGACUGUCCGAUUCAUUUAUUUCAAAAACAAGACGGCAGAGGGAGAUGAGCUUGUCGUUCCUGAAACAUCAGAUAACAGCCGGAAGCAGAUGGUACGCAACAUCAGCAACAAGAGGCGCUUCUCUUUCCGUGUGCCUGAAGAGGAGCGGAUCCAGCAGAGGAGAGAAAUGCUGAGGGACCCAGAGAUGAGGAACAAGCUCAUUUCAAACCCAACCAACUUUAACCAUGUGGUUCACAUGGGGCCUGGCGAUGGCAUCCAAAUCCUCAAAGACCUGCCUCUGAGCAUGCGUCCCCAGGAGAGCCGAACUGUGUUCAGUGGGUCUGUGAGCAUCCCCUCCAUCACCAAGUCCCAUGGUGAGCCCGGCCGCUCCAUGAGUGCCAGCAGUGGGCUUGGCAUACGGACUUCACAGAAUGGCAGUGCCCUCCGGCGGGAGUUUUCAGGUGGGAGCUACGGGUCCAGACGGCAGGCGAUGACCUCGCCCUCUGAAGGGUCCCUGUCAUCUGGAGGGGGGAUUGACGGCGGCAGUGAUGCACCUCUCUCUCAAUUUGACCGAGAGGACUCUGACUCCCCCCGGCACUCCACAGCAUCCAACAGCUCCAACCUGAGCAGCCCCCCGAGCCCUGCCUCUCCGCACAAGACCAAGUCCCUUUCCCUGGAGAGCACGGAUCGCAUGGGCUGGGAGAUGUGAGCUGCUGGCCAAACCACCCCCUCUCAUGAAGCCCUGCCCACAUCAGCACAUCUGGAACUACAGGCGAACCCCUUUCGUCACCAUUGGAGAGCUUUGAAAGCUGAAAAAAUUGCAUUGAAAGGAGAUUCUUAAAAGUGGGGAAAAGAAUGAUGCGUAAUCUUCUCCACCAUUCCGCAAACAGGAACAGGAAAUGUAUGUAUGUGCUUGUGUCUAAAAAAAGAAAAAAAUUGCCCCCAAAAUUUGCCCAAGAUUGAGUGGGACAGCUGACGAAGAAAAACUCUCAGGAGUCAUUUCACAUUGAUAGGACUGCAAGUGGGCCAUAUCCACUUCAGUCACCACAUUGUCACAUAUCACAAGAGAAAAAACAUGAUUGCAUUUGCAAUAUAUUUAAAUUUUGUAUUAGAAGGGUUUCCCUCACUUUAAGAGAAGGGGAAGUGAGAGAGAAAAGGAGUAUCUUGAUCUUUUCCUUACCUUAUUUUAUUAGUUUAUUGUGGAUAUUAGUAAAGUUCCCCGUCACUUCCCAACUAACAUGAGAAAAUUAUGAACUUCAGAGCUUAUAAGUUCAGAGUAUGGAAAUACAUAGCAAUAUAUCCAAACAAAACCAGUGCAAGAGGAUUGUUUCUGUUGUUUUUUUUUUCCCCCUAAUUUGGCUUUUGUAAAUGUUGGUGAGUGUACUGUGAAUUGUUGAAAACGACAAAAAACAGGAAAACAAAGCAGUCUGUAUAUCAGCUGUCCAGUAAGAACAGAUGCCCACUUCUAUAAUGUACAUAGGCUUAAAUGAGAGUAUAAUAUAUAUCAAUUACUAUAAGUAGUAUAAUUGCUAUAAGGUAAAAUUAGUAUGACUACAAGAGCAAAGUGUACCUUUUAAACAUGAUUUCUAAAGCAAAUAUUGCUCCCUUGUGCAUAUACAAGCAAAUGCCAUUUUAAGCUCUGGUUAUUUGUAUCAUUAUUUGUAAGUUUAUAUUUUUAUUUAUCAGACAUUUAGGAACCUGAAUUGUUACUUUUUUAUUUUUUAUUUUGCUGAACUGGGUGGUCAAAACCCAUGCUGUUUGCGUACGUACACACACACACACACACACACACACACACGCACACACACACAGACACACAAACACGCACACACAAACACACACAAACUAAAUUCUCUAACAUAAUGCUGAUAAUUACAGACAUAUGCAUACAUACACUCACAGAGGAGCCUUGCUGUGCAUUCCUUGCCUCCAUCCCUCUGUGGUCCCUUACUCUCACUGAAGCAAUAAUGCUCCAUUUCCAAAGAUAUUUUUAAUGGGGAGGCAGGUAUACCAAGCAUUGCAUUCAAGUGAAUUGAAGAGACUAUUUUAAGAGACUUUUUGUGUAAAAAGACUACAUUUGUGCAACUGAAUGUUUGCCUUGUUGAAAAUUCAAACAUUCUGAUUUUGAGAGAGGAAAGUAAAACCAGGAAAGGGAACCAACUCUUUUAGAACUAAACACUUAUGCCAAACAUCUUGUUUUUCAAUGGCUUCUUCUAAUGAGAUUAUAGAGUAGAAUGUGUCUCUGGGUCAGGCUUAAGUCAAGAAUAUAACGUAAUAUGCAAAAUGAAUAUUCUUCUUUGAAAUAGUAUCAUUCCUUAGAAUUCAUGGGCAAGACAAGGUAGCGCAGGGCUAUUUGUUACAGCUGAAAUAUAAUGGACCAACCACACAUGGGGAAAACUAAACAUGGUUUGGGACAUUAACUCAAAGGCUUUGUACACAAACAUUAUUUUAAAUGUACAUGCUUGAUAAAAUGUUUGGUUUCAUAACUGCCUUCAUUUGCUUAAAGUUUCCCUCCAACAAAAUAUCCCCUCAUUUUCUUCAUGUUCAGCUAAGGAGUGACAUCUUGGUGAGAUGAAAAUCCAUCACUCAUCUUAGAAAUAGUUUAUUAAAUUAGUUUGAGAUAAACAAUUGAAAUUGAAUAGGAAUCCAUUUUUUAUAAUUCCUUGUGUGUCAGUUCAGUGGAUGUGUUGAAGUGUAUAAAACGAUCAGCUGCUGUCAAUUGUCCUCCUCAUAGAGAACAUUUGUCACUUUUUCAAAUUUGGACCCAACUUCUCAGCUGUUACUGCUCUGAGAACUUACCAUAGCUUGAGCAUAUUCAUAUAUAAAAGCAAUGCAUAUGUUUCAGUGCUCAAAACAAAAAUCUGACUUGUCUGUGCUCUUGAUUAAAGUUUGAAAUGUAUGCAUUUGAGCUGGGCCACAGUUUAUAAGCAAAGGAGUGUAUAAGUAUGUCUGUAUCUAUAUGUAUAGACACAUUUACAGCAGUGGAGCUUUGACAGGAUUUCAGCUAGGAAACCAACUCAGGAAUGUCACAACCAAUGAUUAUAUAAGAGAAUCUCAGUAGCCACUACAAAAAAAAGACAUUCACAGUACACUAUACAAGACAUUGGCUACAUGUGGAUAGGGAGAUUUUAAAACUUGCAAAAUUGGGACAGAUUGGUGUCUUGGUUGAAAACAAUUGGAGUUGUGAAGGGUGUAAUACAGCUCUUUGGCAGUAAACUGAAAAACAAAAGCAAAUGUAAAACAUUUGCAUUUUAGUGAUGUUUGAGCGGACUUAUAUGUUACUUCCUUUUUAAUACCAUAUAUUGAGUUUUUUUUUAUUUUAUUGUAAGAAUGUGUACAGUUUUGCAUGUCACUUUUAUUGGAAUGCUAGAUUUUUUUUUUCCCAUUUCAAUCUCUUGUAUUUGAAAGAUUGUAGUGGUUAAAGAGGACAACCUGCUACUGGUGAUAUAGAUUCUUUAUUGCACAGAAAUAUUUAAGGAGAAAGGUCAAAUUGAUGGGACUGGCCACUGCUCCUUUUAUGUGGGAAAUCUCAUAUUAACCUGACUGAUGCAUUUCAAUAAAACAGGGAACUGUUACCAGUUAUGUUUACCAUGUGUAAUUUCUUAAAUGGUGACAUUUAUUUGAAGUGAUGAACAGUUAAAUACAAAAUUAUUGGGACCUUGUUGGGAUUAUUGGGAAUUGUUGUUCCUCUGUACUAAUACGAUGUAAUAAAACACUGACUAUGAGGCGAAA